GGCAGCCGCAGCCGCGCGGCUGAGGGGAGGCGGCGGCGGCGCGGCCGCUCCCGGUGCCGCUCUCGUUCCUUCUCCGGUUCCUGCUCCCGUUCCUCACCGCGCUCCCGUUCCUCAUCCCGAUCCCGCUCCCUGCCCACUGCGAUGGUGCCCGAGCGGAGCCGCGGCGGCGGAGGGGUGGCGGUGCCGCUGCUGCGUGGCUCCAGCCGGGCGCGGGGGCGGCGGCAGCAGCAGCAGCAGCAGCAGCGCAGACCUUAAUUUAUUUCGGAUUAGGAUUCCCAUGGCAGGUGAACUAGAGGAUCACUUGGACUAGGAGGUGUCUGCUGUGCGGUGACUGUCCCAAGAUGGUUGGGAAGCUGAAGCAGAACCUGCUGCURGCCUGCCUGGUGAUCAGCUCGGUGACCGUGUUCUACCUGGGCCAGCACGCCAUGGAGUGCCACCACCGCAUGGAGGAGCGCAGCCAGCCCCUCAGGGGGGACGCUGCCCGUGGGGACGGUGCCAGGGCCACGCUGAGGACAGCCCCCAGGGACAGGGACAGGGCCAACAGGACCCUGCCCUACAACAAGGACAUGCCCCUGAUCUUCAUCGGGGGCGUCCCUCGCAGCGGCACCACGCUGAUGCGCGCCAUGCUGGACGCGCACCCCGAUAUCCGCUGCGGGGAGGAGACCAGGGUGAUCCCCAGGAUCCUGGCUGUCAAACAGAUGUGGGCCAGGUCCAGCAAGGAGAAAAUCCGCCUGGAUGAAGCCGGAGUGACGGAUGAGGUGCUGGAUUCGGCCAUGCAGGCCUUUCUGCUGGAGAUCAUCGUCAAGCACGGCGAGCCCGCUCCCUAYUUGUGUAACAAAGAUCCCUUCGCUUUAAAAUCCUUAACUUAUCUCGCCAGAAUUUUCCCCAACGCCAAAUUCCUGCUGAUGGUGCGGGAYGGCCGCGCCUCCGUGCACUCCAUGAUCUCCAGGAAAGUGACGAUCGCCGGCUUUGACCUGAACAGCUACAGGGACUGCCUGACCAAGUGGAACCGCGCCAUCGAGACCAUGUACAACCAGUGCGUGGAGGUGGGCCUGGAGCGCUGCAUGCUGGUGCACUACGAGCAGCUGGUGCURCACCCCGAGAGGUGGAUGAGGACUCUGCUCAAGUUCCUGCGCAUCCCCUGGAACCAGGCAGUGCUGCACCAYGAGGAGAUGAUUGGAAAAGCAGGGGGGGUUUCUCUUUCCAAGGUUGAAAGAUCCACUGACCAAGUGAUCAAGCCAGUGAACGUGGAAGCGCUGUCCAAGUGGGUUGGGAAGAUCCCUGCUGAUGUCCUGCAGGACAUGCCAGUGAUUGCCCCCAUGCUGGCCAAACUGGGCUACGAUCCCUAUGCCAACCCACCGAGCUACGGGAAGCCUGAUCAGAAAGUGGUGGAAAACACAAGGAGGGUCUACAAAGGUGAAUUUCAGCUUCCUGACUUCCUUAAAGAAGUGCCACAGACUGAACCUAUGGAAUAGAAGGUACAAUGGACAUUUCUUGCACAGAAGAUCAGCUGCUGCCUUUUCCAUGGGAAUGAUCCCUCAGGCCUGUCCCCUGGGAUCAGAGGUGUG